AUGGAGGUGUCCCCUGAGUGCGUGCAGCGGGGCGGGGGGCCGGUGCUGGUCCGCCGGCGGUCCCCAGCGCCCCUGGGCCUGCGUGAGAUGCUCAAAGCCAGGCUGUGGUGGAGAUGCGCGUGCAGCCCGCAGAGGGCCUGGACGCUGGUGCAGGACCUGCUCCCUGCCACACGCUGGCUGUGCCGGUACCACCCACGGGAGGCCCUGGCAGGUGACGUCAUGUCUGGGCUGGUCAUCGGCAUUAUCCUGGUGCCACAGGCCAUCGCCUACUCACUGCUGGCGGGACUACAGCCCAUCUACAGUCUGUACACGUCCUUCUUCGCGAACCUCAUCUACUUCCUCAUGGGCACCUCUCACCACGUGUCCGUGGGGAUCUUCAGCCUGCUCUGCCUCAUGGUGGGCCAGGUGGUGGACCGCGAGCUCCUGCUGGCCGGCUUCGGCCCCGCCCCAGACAGCGUUGGGCCGGGGGACAACGGCAGCAGAGUCAACGCCUCAGCCGCCGCCGGGGGGCCCGGUCCGCAGGACUGUGGGCAGGACUGCUACGCCAUCCGCGUCACCACUGCCCUCACACUGGUAGCCGGCAUUUACCAGGUCCUCAUGGGCAUCCUCCGGCUGGGCUUUGUGUCCACCUACCUCUCCCAGCCACUGCUUGAUGGCUUUGCCAUGGGGGCCUCGGUGACCAUCCUGACCUCCCAGCUGAGGCACCUGCUGGGCGUGCAGAUCCCACGGCACCAAGGGCCGGGCAUGGUGGUCAGCACGUGGCUGAGCCUGCUGCGCAGUGCUGGGCAGGCCAACCUCUGCGACGUGGUCACCAGUGCCACGUGCCUGGCUGUGCUGUUGGCCUCUAAGGAGCUCUCAGACCGCUGCCGGCACCGCCUAAAGGUGCCACUGCCCACGGAGCUACUGGUCAUUGUGGCGGCCACGCUGGUGUCCCACUUCGGCCAGCUCCACGAACGCUUUGGCUCCAGCGUGGCCGGUGACAUCCCCACUGGUUUCGUGGCCCCCCGGGUGCCAGACCCUGAGCUGAUGUGGCAUGUGGUGCUGGACGCUGUGCCCCUGGCCCUCGUGGGCUCUGCCUUCUCCAUCUCUCUGGCUGAGAUGUUUGCCCGGAGCCACGGCUACUCCGUGAGGGCCAACCAGGAGCUGCUGGCCGUGGGCUGCUGCAAUGUGCUGCCUGCCUUUUUCCACUGUUAUGUCACCAGCGCCGCCCUGUCCAAGAGUCUCGUGAAGACGGCCACCGGCUGCCGCACGCAGCUGUCCAGCGUGGUCAGUGCCGCCGUGGUGCUGCUGGUACUGCUGGCCCUGGCGCCACUGUUCCGGGACCUGCAGCGGUGCGUGCUGGCCUGCAUCAUUGUGGUCAGCCUGCGGGGCGCCCUGCGCAAGGUGAGGGACGUCCCAAGGCUGUGGCGGCUCAGCCCUGCUGAUGCGCUGGUCUGGGUGGCCACGGCAGCCACCUGUGCGCUGGUCAGUGUCGAGGUGGGGCUGCUGGCCGGCAUCCUCCUGUCUCUGCUCAGCCUGGCUGGCCGCACCCAGCGCCCGCGGGCUGCCCUGCUUGCUCAGAUCGGGGACUCUGGCUUCUACGAGGACGCUGCAGAGUUUGAGGGCCUGGUCCCUGAGCCUGGGGUGCAGAUAUUCCGCUUUGCAGGGCCGCUCUACUACGCCAACAAGGAUUUCUUCCUGCGGUCACUCUACAGCCUCACGGGGCUGGAUGCAGGGCACGCGGCCACCAGGAAGAAAGAGCGGGGCCUGGAGGCGAGGGCCAGUGAGGGAGACCCUGUUGAGGGCGUGGACCUGGGCCCGGUGACCAGCACGGCUGCACUGGUGACCACGGCAGCCAGCUUCCAUGCUGUGGUCAUCGACUGUGCCCCAAUGCUGUUCCUGGAUGCAGCCGGUGUGGCCACGCUGCAGGACCUGCGCCGAGAUUACGGGGCCCUGGGCAUCACCCUGCUCCUGGCCUGCUGCAGCCCCUUGGUGAGGGACACCCUGAGGAGAGGUGGCUUCCUUGGGGAGGACCAGGGGGACGCAGCUGACGAGGGGCAGCUCUUCCACAGCGUGCACGGCGCCGUGCAGGGGGCCCGAGCCCGCCGCAGGGCGCUGGCAGCCACGGACUCCGCCCUCUAGCAGCGUCCCAGGAGCCCUCA